ACACCACACACAAGCAGCACCCUUCACUUAUCAGACGGACGCCGGUGAUAAGAGCGACGAGCGAGCUAGCCUCCGUCCACAUCGCACUACACGACACAGCCGCGGUAGAGAAGGCUGUACUUGCCGGGAGCCCGGUGCAGUGCCAUGCCGGAAGCGCCGAUGGCGGUGCCGGGCACGGCGGCGGGCGCGGGGGCGGGGGUCUCCUCCUGGGAGGAGGCGCACCGCCAGGUGCUCGACCUCAUCGAGCGCGUGACCCGGUGCGCGGGGGAGAUACAGCGCCAGGUGCUGGUGGAGAUCCUGGCGCAGAACGCGCCGGCCGAGUACCUGCGCCGCAUCGGCGUCCCGGGCGCCGCCCCCGGCGCCGACGACGCCUUCCGCCGCCUCGCGCCGCUCACCACCUACGAGGACAUCCUCCCCGACGUCAUCCGCAUCGCCAACGGCGACUCCUCGCCCAUCCUCUCCGGCAAGCCCAUCCGAGAGUUCCUCACUAGCUCCGGCACGUCGGGAGGGGAGCGGAAGCUGAUGCCCACCAUCGAGGAGGAGAUGGACCGCCGGUCCAUGCUGUACAGCCUGCUCAUGCCGGUCAUGAGCCAGGCCAUGCCGGGGCUCGACAAGGGCAAGGCCAUGUACCUCUACUUCGUCAAGGCCGAGUCGCGCACGCCGGGAGGGCUGCCGGCGAGGCCCGUCCUCACCAGCUUCUACCGGAGCCGACAUUUCCUGGAGCGCCCCCACGACCCCUACACCGUGCACACCAGCCCCGACGAGGCCAUCCUGUGCGUCGACGCGUACCAGAGCAUGUACGCGCAGCUGCUCUGCGGCCUCGUCCACCGCGCGGACGUGCUCCGCGUCGGCGCGGUCUUCGCGUCCGGGUUCCUCCGGGCGAUCCACUUCCUCGAGAAGCACUGGGAGCGUCUGUGCCGGGACAUCCGCACCGGCGAGCUGGACGCGGAGAUCACCGACCGUGCCGUGCGCGCCGCCGUCGGCCGGGUGCUCCGCCCGGACCCGGCCCAAGCCGACGCGAUCGAGGACGCGUGCAAGAGGUCGUCGUGGAAGGGCGUGAUCCGGAGGGUGUGGCCCAACACCAAGUACAUAGACGUCAUCGUCACGGGUGCCAUGGCCCAAUACAUCCCUACCCUCGACUACUACGGCGGCGGCCUGCCACUGGCGUGCACUAUGUACGCCUCCAGUGAGUGCUACUUCGGCCUAAAUCUGAACCCGAUCUGCAGUCCAGCCGACGUCGCCUACACGCUGAUCCCGACAAUGUGCUACUUCGAGUUCCUCCCCGUCCAAUCCGGCAGCAGCGCCGCCGCCGGCGAGCCGGACCAGCGGGACCUCGUCAACCUCGUCGACGUGAAGCUCGGCAAGGAGUACGAGCUCGUCGUCACCACCUACUCCGGCCUGUACCGCUACCGCGUGGGCGACGUGCUCCGGGUGGCGGGGUUCAAGAACGCGGCGCCCAUGUUCAACUUCCUGCGGCGGAAGAACGUGGCGCUGAGCAUCGACGCCGACAAGACGGACGAGGCGGAGCUCCACGCCGCCGUGAGCAGCGCGGUGCAGCACCUGGAGCCGUUCGGGGCGUCGCUCGUCGAGUACACCAGCUACGCCGACGCGAGCACCAUCCCGGGCCACUACGUGCUCUUCUGGGAGCUCCGCGCGGGCGGCGGGUCCACGACCCCGGUGCCGGCGUUCGUGUUCGAGGACUGCUGCCUCGCCGUGGAGGAGUCGCUCAACAGCGUGUACCGGCAAUGCCGCGCCGCCGACCGCUCCGUCGGGCCCCUGGAAAUCCGCGUCGUCUCCGAGGGCACGUUUGACAAGCUGAUGGACCUCGCGCUGAGCCGCGGCGCGUCGAUCAAUCAGUACAAGGCGCCGCGGUGCGUGCGGCCGGGCCAGGUGGUGGAGCUGCUCGACGGCAGGGUGGAGGGGAGGUACUUCAGCCCCAAGUGCCCCAAGUGGAGCCCCGGGAGCGCGCAGUGGACCGGCGGCCAUGGCAAGACGCUGAGCACCAGUUAGUUCAUGGGGUACAUCGAUCGGAGUUGGGAAUUAAGGUAAUUAAAAUCGGUGGAGCGGCUAGUUAAUUAAGAUAAGAGAGGGAGAAAGGACGUGGUGGCCAAGUCUUGAUUGGAGACUGAUGGACGGUGAGUGAUCAGGAGCUGAGCCACACUACUAGCAGUACUAUAUCAGUCUCCAAUGUUUGUUUAAUUAGCUACCUAAUCAUAGAGUGUCAGCUUAGCUAGGACCUAUCUAUGGUUUUUGUUUCUUUCUCUUUAUGCCUUUUUGUAAUAAAGUAGUUGUAGCAGCUGUUGUUUUUUGUUUCUUUGUCAUUUUUGGGUAAUGUAGUAGACGCUCGAUUUGUAAAUGUAAGUCAUCGAUCGUUAGUCUUUAUGAUUGUGGACGCACAGAACAUGUCAUGUGCUCCCCUUU